GACUGGUUGUACUCUGUCCGUUUACCAGCUUUUCCGCGGCGCCAACGUUGUGGUUGCGUCCGUUGCGUUUCGCACGCGUUCCGUUCUUUACGCAGCGUGCGCCUUUUCGCAGCGUGCGGUCACGUUUACCGUGAAGGGUCGAAGUCGAGUGGAAUUUGUGUGCUCUGCUAAUCAUGUCGGCGGCAGCCAACACCGGGGAGAAGGAGAAGAAGCGGAAAGAGAGCAUCGUCGACCUCUCCAAGUACCUGGACAAAGCCAUUCGCGUCAAGUUCCAAGGCGGUCGCGAAGCCACCGGCAUCCUCAAGGGGUACGACCCGCUGUUGAACUUGGUCAUCGACAAUGCCACGGAGUUUCUGCGAGACCCCGACGACCCGUACAAGCUCACCGACGACACGCGGACGCUUGGACUCGUUGUGUGUCGCGGUACGGCGGUGGUUGUGAUCUGUCCGGUGGACGGGAUGGAAUCCAUUCCCAACCCGUUUGUGCAACACGAAGGCUGAGGCGUGCAGUCCGAGUUCGUCAUGCUUAAGUUGUUUUCCCAUCGGAUGUGAGUGAUGUGAAUGCCUUAUUACGUUUGUUUCUGCGUGCGCGCGUGUGUGAAUAAAUGACCGCACACUUCCUUGGUCAAAAUCUCGGCCUUGCCACAAA